CACUGGUAAGGAGGAUUCAAACUUCCGCCAGUGUCAUGGCGGCGUGGUGGUGUUUCGGAUGAAAAAAAGAGCAAAUAACAACCCGCCCCCCUCCUCACGGCCCUGGAGACGGACUUCGAGCAUUAACGGGUGUCCAAAGGCAGAAAAAAGGGGGGCAUUAGCAGAAAGAAGAGUGAAACUCGGCGGCUAUGGCGGCGCAUAAACCCGCCGAGUGGGUUCAGGCCGUUAUUAACAGAUUCGACGAGCAGCUUCCGGUCAAAGUUGGACAACAGAACACCCACACCAAAGUCAGCACGGAGCACAACAGGGAAUGUCUAAUAAACAUCUCCAAGUACAAGUUCUCUCUGGUCAUCAGCGGCCUCACCAACAUACUGAAGAAUGUGAACAAUAUGAGAAUAUUUGGAGAGGCCGCAGAGAAGAACCUCUAUCUCUCCCAGCUCAUCAUCUUGGACACACUGGAGAAGUGCCUUGCGGGGCAACCGAAAGAUUGCAUGCGUUUGGAUGAAACCAUGCUUGUUAAACAGCUGCUGCCAGAGAUCUGCCACUUCAUCCAUACGUACAGGGAAGGGAACCAGUAUGCAGCCGAACUGCGCAAUUCUGCCUCCGGGGUGCUAUUCUCACUCAGCUGCAACAACUUCAACGCUGUCUUCAGCCGCAUCUCCACCAGAUUACAGGAGUUGACGGUGUGCUCAGAGGACACUGUUGAUGUUCACGACAUUGAGCUCAUCCGGUACAUUAAUGUGGACUGUUCCAAACUCAAACGGCUCCUGCAAGAGACCGUGUUCAAAUUUAAAGCCUUGAAAAAGCCCGCUCAGCUGAGUGUCAUCUACAGCCUGGAAAAGGCGUUCUGGAACUGGGUGGAGAACUAUCCAGAUGAGUUCACUAUGCUGUACCAGCGACCCCAGACAGAUAUGGCUGACUGUGCAGAGAAGCUGUUUGACCUGGUGGACAGUUUUGCUGAGAGUGCGAAGAGGAAAGCAGCCGUCUGGCCACUGCAGAUCAUCCUCCUUAUCCUCUGUCCCAACAUCACACAGGACCUGUCGCGAGAGCCAGUAGAGGAGACCAAGGUUAACAAGAAAAUGUUUCUGGAAAACCUGAGGAAAGCUCUGGCAGGCCAUGGGGGCAGCAAGCAGCUGACUGAGAGUGCAGCCAUCGCCUGUGUCAAACUGUGCAAAGCUUCCACCUACAUCAAUUGGGAGGACCACUCAGUCAUCUUCCUCCUGGUCCAGUCCAUUGUUGUGGACCUUAAGGCUCUCUUGUUUAACCCAGCUAAGCCGUUCUCCCGCGGUGCAGGCAGCCAGAGCGCAGAUGUAGAUCUGAUGAUCGACUGCUUUGUCUCCUGCUUCCGAAUCAACCCGCACAACAACCAGCACUUUAAGGUCUGCCUGGCAUCAUCUUCACCGCCCACCUUCCACUUUGUCUUGGUGAACUCCCUGCACAGAAUCAUCACUAAUUCUCCGCUGGACUGGUGGCCUAAGAUCGACGCUGUAUACUGUUAUUCUGGUGAGCUGCGUGCCAUGUUCGCCGAAACGCUGGGCCGAAUCACUCAAGGCUGCGGCACCCAUACUCCGCUGCGCAUGACUCCGAGUCUGACGUUUAAAGAGAAGAUGACCAGCCUGAAGUUCAAAGAGAAAACAACGGACCUGGACACAAGGGGUCAUAAGUAUUUGCUGCUGGCCUUGGUCAAGCUCAUUCAUGCUGACCCCAAACUAAUGCUACAUAAUCCAGGGAAACAGGGCCAAGAGAUCCAGAGCAGCACAGCAGAACUCAUCACAGGCCUGGUGCAGCUGGUUCCUCUCGCCAACAUGGGGGACAUUUCCCAAGAGGCCAUGGAGGCUUUACUAGUUCUGCAUCAGCCAGAGACCAUUGAGCUGUGGAAUCCAGACACUCCUAUGGAGACCUUCUGGGACAUCAGCUCGCAGGUCCUUUUCUUCAUCUGCAAGAAGCUCAUCGGCCAUCAGCUGAUCAACAGCACAGAGAUCCUGAAGUGGCUGAGGGAGAUCCUCAUCUGCAGGAACAAGUUUCUCCUCCGGAACAAAGUGAGUUACAGUCUUCAUCUGGUGUUCUUUCUUUUCUUUUACAUCCUUAACUUCUAUUCUAGUCAUCUUAGAUCACAAGUUUCACAUUUGAAGUUUAAGGGCGCACAUGUUAAAGGCAUGGUCUUGUUCCUCUCUUUGCAGGAGCGAGCCACAACAGGCAGCGCGAUCCCCAUCUGCAGACAGGCCCAGACCAAGCUGGAGGUUUGUCUCUACAUGUUCCUGUGGAGCCCGGACAUGGAGGCUGUGCUGGUGGCCAUGUCCUGCUUCCGUCAUCUCUGUGAGGAGGCAGAUAUCCGCUGCGGUGUAGACGAGGUACCCGUGCAGACCAUCCUUCCCAACUACAAUACCUUCAUGGAGUUUGCCUCUGUCAGCAACAUGAUGGCAACAGGUCGCUCUGCCUUACAGAAGAGGGUAAUGGCUUUGCUGAGAAGGAUAGAGCAACCCACACCUGGUAACACAGAGGCCUGGGAAGACACGUAUGCGAAAUGGGAGCAUGCCACCAAAUUAAUUCUUAACCAUCCAAAAACAAAGCUGGAAGAUUGUCAGGAAUGGAUCAACAUGACUGGUUUCCUGUGUGCCCUGGGUGGGGUCUGUUUGCAGCAGAGGAACACGCCAGGUCCUGCCACCUACAGCCCUCCAAUGGGACCCUUGAGUGAGCGCAAGGGUUCCAUGAUCUCAAUGGGCUCGUGCGAAGGUAACGCUGAGACGCCCCUCAGCAAGUUUUUGGACCGGCUGCUCUCACUCAUGGUGUGCAGCCACGAGAAGGGCGUGCAGAUUCGCAACAACGUCAAGGACCUGGUGGGCUUGGAGCUGAGCCCGGCCCUCUACCCCAUGCUCUUCAACAAGUUGAAGAACAGCAUCAGCCGCUUCUUUGAUGCCCAGGGCCCGGUACCCAUCAAUGAGACCAACACGCAGUUUGUGGAGCAGACUAUUGCUAUAAUGAAGAACUUGUUAGAUAACCACACAGAAGGCAGCUCUGAACAUCUUGGCCAGGCCAGCAUCGAGACCAUGAUGCUCAACCUGGUCAGGUACGUGCGUAUCUUGGGGAACAUGGUUCACGCCAUCCAGAUCAAAACUAAGCUGUGCCAGCUGGUCGAGGUGAUGAUGGAGCGCCGAGAUGACCUAUCCUUCUGCCAGGAGAUGAAGUUCAGGAAUAAAAUGGUGGAGUAUCUAACAGAUUGGGUGAUGGGAACCUCCAACCAGGCAGCCGAUGACGAUGUCAAGUGUCUAACCAGGGACCUGGACCAGGCUAGUAUGGAAGCAGUAGUGUCCUUGCUGGCUGGGUUGCCACUUCAGCCAGAGGAAGGAGAUGGUGUGGAACUCAUGGAGGCCAAAUCCCAACUCUUCCUCAAGUACUUCACAUUGUUCAUGAACCUGCUGAACGACUGCAGUGAGGUGGAGGAUGACGGACAGCAGGUGGCUGGCCGGAAGCGGGGGAUGUCCAGACGCCUGGCCUCCCUUCGCCACUGCACUGUGUUGGCCAUGUCCAACCUGCUCAAUGCCAACGUGGACAGUGGUCUUAUGCACUCCAUUGGUCUUGGCUACCAUAAAGACUUGCAGACACGAGCCACCUUCAUGGAGGUGCUGACCAAGAUCCUCCAGCAGGGCACGGAGUUCGACACACUUGCUGAGACAGUACUGGCGGAUCGCUUUGAGAGGCUGGUUGAGCUUGUCACCAUGAUGGGAGACCAGGGCGAGCUGCCCAUUGCUAUGGCUUUGGCCAAUGUAGUGCCUUGUUCUCAGUGGGAUGAGCUGGCACGGGUUCUGGUCACUCUCUUUGACUCGCGGCAUCUCCUGUACCAGCUGCUCUGGAACAUGUUCUCUAAGGAGGUAGAGCUGGCCGAUUCCAUGCAAACUCUCUUCCGAGGAAACAGCCUGGCCAGUAAAAUCAUGACAUUUUGCUUUAAGGUGUAUGGUGCUACCUACCUGCAGAAACUGCUGGAGCCCCUCCUCCGAGGCGUCAUUACGGCUCCUGAGUGGCAGAUGCUUAGUUUUGAAGUUGAUCCCACCAGACUGGAGCCCAAUGAAGUCUUGGACGAAAACCAGCGCAACCUGCUCCAGAUGACCAACCGUUUCUUCCUGGCUAUCAUCAGCUCCUCAAGUGAAUUCCCUCCACAGCUGAGGAGUGUCUGUCACUGCCUGUUCCAGGCUACUUGCCACUCUCUACUGAAUAAAGCCACAGUUAAAGAGAAAAAGGAAAGCAAAAAAUCCGUGGUAAGUCAGCGUUUUCCUCAGAACAGUAUAGGAGCUGUCGGCAGUGCCAUGUUCCUGCGCUUCAUCAAUCCCGCCAUCGUCUCCCCUUAUGAGGCCGGGAUCCUUGACAAGAAGCCCCCUCCUCGGAUAGAGCGAGGGCUCAAACUCAUGUCCAAGAUUCUGCAAAGUAUUGCGAACCACGUGUUGUUCACGAAGGAGGAGCACAUGAGACCUUUCAAUGACUUUGUGAAGAGCAAUUUCGAUGCAGCCAGAAGAUUUUUCCUGGACAUAGCUUCAGACUGCCCGGCCAGUGACUCCGUCAACCACAGCUUAUCUUUUAUCAGCGAUGGUAAUGUGCUGGCUCUGCACAGGCUGCUAUGGAACAACCAGGAGAAGAUUGGCCAGUAUCUCUCCAGCAAUAGGGACCACAAAGCUGUCGGCCGGCGGCCUUUUGACAAGAUGGCUACUCUCCUGGCCUACCUGGGCCCCCCUGAGCAUAAACCGGUGGCUGAUACACACUGGUCCAGCCUCAAUCUCACCAGUUCAAAGUUUGAGGAAUUCAUGACCAGACACCAGGUUCAUGAGAAAGAGGAGUUCAAAGCGCUGAAAACCCUUAACAUUUUCUACCAGGCUGGCACCUCCAAGAACGGCAACCCUGUUUUCUACUACGUCACCCGCAGGUUCAAGACGGGGCAGAUAAAUGGGGACCUGCUUAUCUACCACGUUCUUCUCACCCUCAAACCCUACUAUGCCAAACCUUACGAAAUAGUAGUGGAUCUGACCCAUGCAGGCCCCAGCAACCGUUUCAAGACGGACUUCCUUUCUAAAUGGUUCGUUGUCUUCCCGGGGUUUGCCUACGAGAACGUAGCAGCCAUCUACAUCUACAACUGCAACACUUGGGUGAGGGAGUACACCAAGUACCACGAGAGGCUCCUAACUGGCCUCAAGGGCAGUAAGAAGCUGCUUUUCAUUGAUUCUCCUGCCAGACUGGCCGAAUACAUUGAGCCGGACCAGCAGAAACUGCCCGCUGCCACACUCAGCUUGGAGGAAGACCUCAAAGUUUUCCACAAUGCCCUCAAACUGGCCCACAAAGACACUAAAGUGUCCAUCAAGGUGGGCUCCAAUGCAGUUCAGGUGACCUCGGCAGAGCGCACGCGAGUCCUGGGUCAGUCGGUCUUCCUCAACGACAUCUACUAUGCCUCUGAAAUCGAAGAGAUCUGCCUGGUGGAUGAGAACCAGUUCACAUUGACCAUCGCCAACCAGGGCACGCCCCUCACCUUCAUGCAUCAGGAGUGCGAAGCCAUUGUACACUCCAUCAUUCACAUCCGCACACGCUGGGAGCUCUCUCAGCCCGACUCCAUCCCCCAGCACACCAAGAUCAGGCCCAAAGAUGUGCCUGGCACCCUGCUCAACAUCGCCCUGCUCAACCUGGGCAGCUCUGACCCCAGCCUGAGGUCAGCUGCUUACAAUCUCCUGUGUGCCUUAACCUGCACAUUUAACCUGAAGAUUGAGGGCCAGCUCCUGGAGACUUCAGGCCUGUGUAUCCCAGCCAACAAUACCCUCUUCAUCGUCUCCAUCAGCAAGACGCUGGCAGCCAACGAGCCCCACCUCACGCUGGAGUUCCUAGAGGAGUGCAUCUCUGGCUUCAGCAAGUCCAGUAUUGAGCUGAAGCACCUGUGUCUGGAGUACAUGACUCCUUGGCUGCUCAAUCUGGUUCGCUUCUGCAAGCAUAACGAUGACGCUAAGCGGCAGCGGGUCACCGCCAUCCUCGACAAGCUUAUCACCAUGACCAUCAACGAGAAACAAAUGUACCCCUCAAUCCAGGCCAAGAUCUGGGGAAGCCUCGGCCAAAUAACAGAUCUCCUGGAUGUCGUCUUGGACAGUUUCAUUAAGACGAGUGCUACAGGAGGACUUGGCUCCAUCAAGGCUGAGGUGAUGGCCGACACUGCUGUGGCGCUCGCCUCUGGCAAUGUCAAACUGGUGUCUAGCAAGGUCAUCAUCCGCAUGUGUAAGAUCAUCGACAAGACGUGCCUUUCGCCCACACCCACGCUGGAGCAGCAUCUCAUGUGGGACGACAUCGCCAUCCUGGCCCGCUACAUGCUUAUGCUCUCCUUCAACAACUCGCUUGACGUAGCUGCCCACCUACCCUACCUCUUCCACGUGGUCACCCUGCUGGUGGCCACUGGGCCAUUGUCCCUCCGCGCCUCGACCCAUGGCCUGGUCAUCAACAUCAUCCAUUCGCUCUGCACAUGCUCGCAGCUCAACUUCAGCGAGGAGACCAAGCAGGUGUUGAGACUGAGUCUGACUGAGUUCUCUCUGCCCAAGUUCUACCUGCUAUUCGGCAUCAGUAAAGUCAAAUCUGCGGCCGUCAUAGCCUUCCGCUCCAGCUACAGGGACCGUUCCUUCUCCCCAGGCUCAUAUGAACGAGAGACCUUCGCCCUGUCCUCCCUGGAGACGGUCACUGAAGCCUUGCUGGAGAUCAUGGAAGCCUGCAUGAGGGACAUUCCAGGGUGUAAAUGGCUCGACCAGUGGACAGAAUUAGCCCAGAAGUUUGCAUUCCAGUACAAUCCAUCGCUCCAGCCCAGAGCUUUAGUGGUUUUUGGCUGCAUUAGCAAGCGAGUGACCCAUGGUCAGAUCAAGCAGAUUAUCCGCAUCCUCAGCAAGGCAAUUCCCCUGCUUAGCAUUGACCGGGGCCUGGAGAGCUGUUUAAAGGGACCGGAGAAUUACAACAGCCAGGUGUUGAUCGAGGCUACAGUCAUUGCUCUCACCAAACUGCAACCCCUGCUGGCCAAGGACUCACCAAUGCACAAAGCUCUGUUCUGGGUGGCUAUAGCUGUGCUGCAGUUGGAUGAGGUGAACCUGUACUCUGCUGGCACGGCCCUCUUAGAGCAGAAUCUACACACGCUGGACAGCAUGCAUGUCUUCAAUGACAAGAGUCCUGAAGAGGUGUUUAUGGAGAUUCGUAAGCCUUUGGAGUGGCACUGCAAGCAGAUGGACCACUUUGUUGGUCUCAACUUCAACUCCAACUUCAACUUUGCUCUUGUGGGGCAUCUGCUUAAAGGCUACAGACACCCCUCCCCGACCAUCGUUGCAAGGACGGUACGCAUCCUGCACACACUUCUCGGCCUGGUGGGCAAGCACCUCAACUGUGACAAAUUUGAGGUGAACACACAGAGCGUAGCCUAUUUAGCUGCCUUGCUCACUGUGUCAGAGGAAGUUCGCAGCCGCUGCAGCCUCAAGCAUAGGAAGUCCCUCCUCCUCUCUGAUGUCAGUAUAGAGAAUGUUCCCAUGGACACGUACUCUGUGCACAACAAUGACCCCAGCUGCAGGACUUUGCGAGAGAACCAGCCGUGGGCAUCUCCUAACGUUUCAGAGCGAUAUCUUGUUGCCCACUACCCCAUCGUGGGGCAGAUCAGUCCCCGGACACGAAAGUCUAUGAGCCUGGACAUGGGCCAGCCAUCGCAGGCAAACACCAAAAAGCUCCUCGGCACAAGGAAGAGCUUUGACCACUUGAUAUCAGACACUAAAGCACCAAAGAGACCAGAGAUGGAGUCUGGCAUCACUACACCUCCCAAAAUGAGGAGAGUGGCUGAGAACGAUUAUGAAAUCGAGACCCAAAGAAUCUCACAGCACCACCACCUGAGGAAGGUUUCCGUCUCUGAGUCCAACGUGCUGCUGGACGAAGAAGUCCUAACUGACCCAAAGAUCCAGGCUCUUCUUCUGACCGUAUUGGCCACCCAGGUGAAAAACACGACUGAUGAGUUUGACCAGAGAAUCCUCUACGAGUUCUUAGCUGAGGCCAGCGUUGUCUUUCCAAAAGUCUUUCCUGUCGUCCAUAAUCUGCUGGACUCUAAGAUCAACACGCUGCUGUCGAUGUGUCAGGAUCCAGACCUCCUGAACCCUGUGCACGGCAUUGUUCAGAGUGUGGUCUACCACGAGGAGUCACCGCCGCAGUACCAGCCCUCCUACUUACAGAGUUUCGGCUUUAAUGGACUCUGGAGAUUUGCUGGUCCUUUUUCAAAGCAAACCCAGAUUCCAGACUACGCCGAGCUGAUCGUGAAGUUUCUGGACGCUCUGAUUGACACCUAUCUGCCCGGUAUUGAUGAGGAGGGCAGCGAGGAGGCCCUGCGGACGCCCACCUCCCCCUACCCCCCUCCCACCCAGAGCCAGCUCAGCAUCACCGCCAACCUCAACCUCUCCAACUCUAUGACCUCACUGGCGACCUCUCAGCACUCCCCAGGCAUCGAUAAGGAGAACGUGGAGUUGUCUCCAACCACGGCUCUGUCCACCAGCGGCCGCACGCGCCACGGCUCAGCCAGCCAGGUCCAAAAGCAGCGCAGCGCCGGCAGCUUCAAAAGGCCCAGCAUCAAGAAGAUCGUAUGAAGACGGCGCCUGCCUGGCGGUCUCCCAGCGCCGCAUCACGCCAUGCUGCAUUUCUACUCCCACACUCCUUACUUCUCCUCGUUCCCGUUUUUCCUUGUUUUUCUCUUUCAUUUUCUGCCUCAUCUUUUCAGCCAUACUUGCCUGACGAUCAAUAAGGACAAGUUCUCUUGCGUUUGCAAACCAGUCAGUGUUCGGUGUGCCGAUGGGACGGAGUCCAACAUGACCUUCUGUGUUUAUAAUGGAACUUCUAAUCUUUUUAUCGAAAACCACAGCUCUUUAUUUUUUAUUCCAAACCAAUUGUCGAAAGGAAGCACUGAAAUUCAUGAGUCUGUUUGUUUCUUUGUUUAGAUGUCCGGAGCGCAUUGAGACGUUUUAUAAGCAUUAAUUUACUUUCUUUCUAUUUUUUAUUGAUCUAAAAGAAGAAAGUAUUAACCAAGUCACUUUUUCAUUUUUGUUUUGUUCAUUUCUGUUGAUUCUGUGUGCUUUUGUUUUAGUCUUGGCUCGUUUUUAUUUCCAUGUUCUGUUGUUAAAGCAGUUUUUUUUUGUUGUUGUUGUUGACAGGCUAGGAGACAAGGCAAGUCAUCGGGAACAAAUGCAUCGUUUUUAAUGUAGAUAAUCAAAGUGGCUUAAAACACAUGAUGAAAAGGGUUAGAGUCUAAUAGCUCUUCAAUUACAGUUUGUAUAUUUCCAGCUCUGAUGACGCAUCACUGUUUUCCCAGCACUGAGUCAGCUGCAAUAUUGAUCGUCUCCUUAAAGCCCCAUUUGGAGGCAGUCCUGUAGAUCAGGAGCUGUAAUGAUUGUGAUGCUCUUUGCAUCUGCAAAUGGUACUGAUUCCCCCAGUGUUGCAGUACUGUGUCUGAGUAUGAGGCUCCACAGGAUUUCAAGCAUGCUCAAGCUUUUAGGGUGAACUGGUACCUUUUUAGUGAUAUUGAAGGAUAAUUGGUUCUCAAGGUUUUUCUCAACUUUCAUCCACAAAGUCAGAUGUUCACACAGAUGUCUUGUCCAUUGUGCCUUUUCUGUCAGUAGAAGACCUUUUAACUACAUAUGCAUUUGUAUACUGUUAGCAUUGAUGCUACAAGAAUAGCAUCCUUCCCGAAAAGUCUCAGAACUCUAAAUUAACAGCGAGCGUCUAUAGUACUAAGCGUGCAGGCUGAUUAUUGAAGAGCUCUGAUUUAAUAAGUUCUCACAGGGCUGCUGUUGACCAGUUAGAGGUCCAUUCCAUCCCAUAAUACUGUUUGAAAAUUUUUAGAGUGCUACACUAAAUCCUGACUGUCACUAGUGAAAGAUGCCCCCUCUCAAUUUUGUCAAACAUAAACCAUAAGGCAGUUUCUUUUUCCAUCUAGUUUCACCAAUAUAAAGUAAAAUGUGAAAGUUUUGGCACCCCUGGUCAAUUUUCCUAGUGUAAAUAAGACACUUCUGCGCAAUAUACUGCACAAUUAGUGUUUAUUUGCUGACUUUAACACAUUGGAAAAAAAUAACAAAACAUGACUAUUCCAAACAUGUUAAACUCAGCAAAUAAAUGGAUUUCAGUUUGUUCCCUGUAGGCGAAAUCGUCGCUGUCCAAUGAAGAACGUGUUUCCACUUUUUGCGAUUUUUACCUUUUUGCACUAUUUGAGCUCCGCCGCCGUCCUUAACGUUGUGUGAAAAUUUCAUGAUGAUUGGACCAAUAGACAUGCUCCAAAACUGCUUAGAAUAAAAUGUCUUUCCAUUGACUCACAUUGAAAGUAAAGAACGUUUUGCCCUCUCCUGUAAAGUGACUAUUUUGGAGAUCACUUUCCUCUGGACAGCGAUGAUAUGUUAUCUUAUUUGCACUUAGAAAAUCAUCAAAGCGCCGUUUGACCAGGGGUAUUCAAACUUUUGCAUGUGACUGUAUGUACACUUUAGAGUGUCGGUGACCAAAUACUGGCCAGUCUGACCACAUUCGAGUUCAGUACAAGUGAUGAAGUGGCAGAGUGUACUGUCCACCCCAGAUGGCUUUUCGACAAAAAACACUUUAGAGUGUUUUGAACAGGAAUUCCACCAAUUUUCUCAGUUUCUGCGUAGUUUCAUCGUUGAGAUGUAAACAAAGCCCUUCAGCGUGCUUUGAUGUGAAAUGAUUAAUUGUAAAGAAAUUUAUCAGCUCAGAGUUCUUUACAGCAAUGGUGAAAGGAACCCAGGGUUGUGAUGGCUACUGUGGCACAAAUAUAUUCAUUUUACUUGCUAUCCAAAAUGACUACUAAACCUACACGAGUGUUCAGUUUUCAUAUGUAAUGCCAAUAAGUGUUAAAUCAGAAAACAAUACUAUUGAGUCACCAUUGCCCUGCAUGUACCUCUUUGCCAUGAGGACAUUCAAGAGAAUGUGUUUUAGGCCAAAAUAUUCUCUCAAAAUUGUCAUAAAACAGUGUCAGGCAUCAGGAAAUGCGUUUAUAAGUUUCGCAUAACUUUCUGUGAGGUACCUUUUAGAGUAAUUGAACUCUUCAGAAGCUUCCUAUCACCACCACUGUGAACGAUGCCGAUGCUCUGCAGUGGCCCAUUUCACAUUAAACCACCCUGAAUGACUGUUUACAUCUGAUUGAGCAUGACAGAAAUUUAGGAAAGUUGGUGGAAUCUGUUUAAUUCUUGUCCUUUGAUAUCUGUUGGACUGCCUACUAGGGCUGGGUAUUGAAGGUCAUUGCAUUGGUACUGACAGUUACCAUAAAGGAUCAAAACAUUCUGCCAUUCAGUAUCAAUUUUAAAACUUAAAUAGUUUGUCUUGUCAGCAUAAACCAAAAAGCAUGGUUUAAAAUCUGGACUCCUGAUUGGCUGGAAGUGAUUACCCACUUUCAGCACCUUACGGUUAUUUGUGGUUCAAGCCACGGCCACUUUCAGUUUACAGUGUAUUGGUGUGGAAGAGUUUUGAGCGAUACGCAGCUCCGCUGCCUACAAAACAUUUGUUCAGCCACGUUUAACUUAAGCGAUGAAUAAGCGAUCAAUCACAUGAUGUCAAUCAUUUAAAUGUAUUUGGAUUAGUAAGGGAGGACAUGAAGACUGAUUCAGUAUUAGGAGACAACUAUUCGCCACCUAACAAUAAGAAAGAUCAAAAGUAGCAGUUUAUGUUGGGGUCGUCUCACUCAGAUGACCAGUAUUGAAAAUGCGGCUUGUAUCACUCAAGCAUUACGGUACUGAGUAGGUUCUGUGGUCCAUUAGUGAGGAACUCCAUCCCUGUGAUUGUUUACAGUGAAUCUAUACUUGAAUUAGAAAGUUCCUCUAAGAGAGGAACAUGAAGGGAAUUCUGAAGCGUUUCUGAUGAUUUUAACGGAUCAUGAGAACCAGAGGAGAUUGGAACUGAACCAAAGUUUAGGAAGUGCAAUAUAGUCCCAAGUUUAUGAUGUCCACUCCUUCUGCAUUCACCCAACGUUUUGGAAAAGUCAGUGAACUGAAGUGCUUUGCGUGAGCAGGGAUGGUUGUUGGCUUCUUGAAUGGUGGUUUGUGGAUCAGGCCUUGAUUUCUUGUGAGAUUGGGAAGGGGAUUUGGGAAUUUUCCCCUUUCCAAUGUUCAAAUAUUAAGCCUUUCCUAGGAUAUUGUGAUGUGAAAUCAUGAACUGUCCCCCUCUAUCACAGUAUAGCGUCUGCAAUCCUGGGCUGCCAGAGCUUUUUCUCCAGAUAAGAAUGAAACUCGACAUGGGUAAAGGUUAAUCUUAAUGAGGUGGCAUUGCGAGAGAUUAGAGAACAUUGGAGAUUUAUUCCUUAUUAGGGCUUUUUUGUGCAUGCAUUCACUUUUUUUGUAUAUGUUGGAUUAUGUUCUGUUUUACUAAUCCACAGUGAGGUAAAUGCUGUUGUCAUUACUUGGCCUUAUAAUCCUCUUACCUUAAUUUAUAUAUUUUUCCCUAUGACUGUAUUCACAUCAGGGCCAAUUAUGUUCAUGAAGCUUUAACAUUCAGGUUAGGAUGAAAAUGGUAAACUUAGCUAAAAGAAUAAUGGAGGGGUGUUUUAAAACACCUCACCGAGGCUUGUGAAGUGAGCAGACAAUAAUGGCAUGCCCUCAUUGUGGGAGGUUGUGUGUGUGUGUGUGUGUGUGUGUGUGUGUGUGUGUGUGUGUGUGUGUGUGUGUUUAGACAUAGACUUUCACUGCACCCUAACUAGUUAAAUUCUCAUCUGCCGAGGUUAUGCAAAACUGAGAUUUCUGAACACUUUAGUUUUUUCUUUUCCCCUCAUUUUUUACGCAGUCAGCUUCACAUCUGUAAAUAAUUUUGUGUAAAAAAAAUGGAAAGGUAUAUUUACUACACUGUAAAUACAUGUGAUGAUAUAUUGUAUUAUUUUGCUUUUUGUAAAGCAGUUAAUUGCUGUACAUGUACAACAAACUAUGAAUUAUUGUUGUGUUGGUAAUGAAGCCAUCCAUCAUGUUCACGUUCGCAUUAACGUCGUUCAGCGUUGAGGAUAAACAGAUGGUUUAAAAACUGAAGAUCUUAGACAGCUGUGUACUCUAAACCCCAUUGUAUAAUAAAUUCCUGUUACCAUCUGAUUUCACAUUUACACGUUACACUAAUAAAGUAAAAUCUGUCCAGGUUGUG